CUCAGAAACCCCUAGGCAAUUGCGGAAAGGACCGCCAUCCUCUCCCUAUUCGUGAUAUGAUCUGUACCUUAGUUGUCUUCCAUGACCUCUCCUUCUUCGAAAUCUCAACCCCCUCCUGCUCCUACCCUAUAUAAAUGUGUAUAUUUACACACUCCUAAUAAUUUCAUCCCAAAUUUAAUAACUCUCUCUCUCUCUCUCUCUGUGCAAGCAAUAAACUGCAAUGGCAUCCCAAAACGCAGAAAGCCAGUUCCAAGAUUUCUUACCGACCAUGGCCCACAAGCUCGGUGGGGACGGCCUGAUAGGCGAGCUGUGCAACGGCUUCGAUCUGUUGGUGGACGGCGACAAAGGGGUCAUCACCUUCGAUAGCCUCAAGAGGAACUCAGCCGUGCUGGGCCUGCAGGACUUGAGAGAUGAAGAUCUGCUUUCUAUGUUAAAGGAAGGCGAUUUCGACGGUGAUGGUGCCCUUAAUCAGAUGGAAUUUUGCGUCUUGAUGUUCAGAUUGAGCCCUGAGCUCAUGGAAGAGUCCUACCAAUGUUUAGACGAUGCAUUAGAACAUGAAUUCCAACAUUGACUGCUAAUUUAUUUUUUCUCAUUUUCGUUUACCUUUUUUAAUGUGUAAAAGUUUAUUCAUUCAAAUAAAUUCUUUUCCCCUUCCUUUCA